AGUGGCGUUGCUAUGGCGAUCGGGGGCGGGGUCCGAUCUGAUCUCUGUUGUGAGUUCGCAGGGCGCUGCCCGGGAAGGGCUAGGCUGGGGUGAUGACCAUGCUAACAACCGGUGGCAUUUCGCAACAUCCUGGCGUGGAGGGACUCGGUGUCUAUGGCAACGAUCGCCUGGCGCAAGGGGCGGAACUAGAUCCCUUCACUUGAGACGCUGACAUUCCAGCCCUUGUCCUGCAGGCUCCCGCGGGCUGACACGCCGGAAGAGGAGGACGGGGAAUGGCCGCGGUGUGGCAGCAGGUCUUAGCAGUAGAUGCGAGGUACAACGCAUACCGCACACCGACGUUUCCACAGUUUCGGACACAGUAUAUCCGACGGCGCAGCCAGCUACUGCGGGAGAAUGCCAAGGCUGGGCACCCUCCAGCACUGCGUCGGCAGUACUUGAGGCUGCGUGGGCAGCUGUUGGGCCAGCGCUACGGACCCCUCUCUGAGCCAGGCAGCGCUCGCGCGUAUAGUAACAGCAUAAUCCGCAGCAGCCGAACUACCCUUGACCGCAUGGAAGACUUCGAGGAUGAUCCUCGGGCCCUGGGGGCCCGUGGGCACCGCCGUUCUGUCAGCCGAGGCUCCUACCAGCUGCAGGCACAGAUGAACCGUGCUGUCUAUGAGGACAGGCCACCUGGCAGUGUGGUGCCCACAUCAGUGGCAGAAGCAAGUCGAGCCAUGGCUGGGGACACAUCACUGAGUGAAAACUAUGCCUUUGCGGGCAUGUACCAUGUUUUUGACCAGCACGUAGAUGAGGCAGUUCCAAGGGUGCGCUUUGCCAAUGAUGACCGCCACCGCCUGGCCUGCUGCUCACUUGACAGCAGCAUCUCUCUGUGCCAGCUGGUGCCUGCCCCACCCACUGUGCUCCAUGUGCUGCGAGGACACACCCGUGGUGUCUCGGAUUUCGCCUGGUCUCUCUCCAAUGACAUCCUUGUGUCCACCUCACUCGAUGCUACCAUGCGCAUCUGGGCCUCUGAGGAUGGCCUCUGCAUCCGGGAGAUCCCGGACCCUGAUGGCGCUGAAUUGCUCUGCUGUACCUUUCAGCCGGUCAACAACAACCUCACUGUGGUGGGGAAUGCCAAGCACAACGUGCAUGUCAUGAACAUCUCCACGGGGAAGAAAGUGAAAGGUGGCUCCAGCAAGCUGACAGGCCGUGUCCUUUCUCUGUCUUUUGAUGCCCCUGGGCGGCUGCUCUGGGCGGGUGAUGACCAUGGCAGUGUUUUCUCCUUCCUGUUUGACAUGGCCACAGGGAAGCUGACAAAAGCCAAGCGUCUGGUGGUACAUGAGGGUAGCCCUGUGACCAGCAUCUCCGCCCGCUCCUGGGUCAGCCGCGAGGCCCGGGACCCCUCACUGCUUAUCAAUGCUUGCCUCAAUAAGCUGCUGCUCUACAGGGUGGUAGACAACGAGGGCACCCUGCAGCUGAAGAGAAGCUUCCCCAUUGAACAGAGCUCCCACCCUGUGCGCAGUAUCUUCUGCCCCCUCAUGUCCUUCCGCCAGGGGGCCUGUGUGGUGACAGGCAGUGAAGACAUGUGUGUGCACUUUUUUGACGUGGAACGGGCAGCCAAGGCUGCUGUCAACAAGCUGCAGGGCCACAGCGCACCUGUGCUGGACGUCAGCUUCAACUGUGAUGAGAGCCUGCUGGCUUCCAGUGACGCCAGUGGCAUGGUCAUUGUCUGGAGGCGGGAGCAGAAGUAGGAACCUUCAGGCCCUACCACUGUCUACCUUCUCACCCAGCUCCCGCUCCAGCCUUGUGUUUAUAAAUAAAGUUCCUGUGGUUGUGCUGCUGGCUUACUGCCAGGUCUGCUGGGGGUGGGAGGGCGGCUCUAGGACCCAAGAUAGAGGGGUUCCCAUAUUCAUUCAUGUGCUGACUUACUCAUUCAACAACCACUUACCAAAUAUCUACAGUAUCAUAGGCACCACUUCAAGUGUUUUACAUGGUCAUGCAUUGGACAGAAAUUAUUAAGCACCUACUAUAUGCCAGGAACUGUUUUAGGCCUUGGGGUACAGUUGUGACCUAGACUGAUAAAAAUCCCUGCCCUCAUGGGGCUUGCAUUCAAGUGGAGGCGAUAGAUAGUAGACAAAAACGUGUAAUAAAUUUAAGUCAGUUCAAGAUGAAUGACGUGAGGAAAAAUAAGGCAAAGAGAGGAGAUAAGUUGCAGGAGUGGGAGUUGGGCUCUUGUGGGUGCUGUGAUCAGGGAGGACGUUCUUGCUGGUGCAAUUUAAACAAAUACCUGAAUAAAAUGAGAGGCAGCACCAUAGUGUCGGGGGGAGAAUAACAUGCUAGGCAGAGAGAAAUGGCAGUGCAAAUGUGCUGAGGCUGGAGUGUGCCAGAAGGGUCACUGUACAGGCCGGUGUGGCUAGACCAGAAUAUGGUAGGAGAAGAGGUUGGACAUGCCCAAUCCUGGAGGGCUUCAUGGGCAUGGAGAGGACUUGGUUACUCUGAGUGAGGGGUGCAUCACCAGAGAGUUUUGAGCAGAGGAGGGUGUGGUCCAACUUGGUUGUAAGAGGAUCCCUGUGGGCACUGUGAGAACAGACUGGGGGGCAAGGGGGAAGUGGGGGACCAGUCAAGAGCCCCUGCAGCAGUGGGGCUGAGCAGUGAUUUGAGCAGAGGAGGGUGUGGUCCAACUUGGUUGUAAGAGGAUCCCUGUGGGCACUGUGAGAACAGACUGGGGGGCAAGGGGGAAGUGGGGGACCAGUCAAGAGCCCCUGCAGCAGUGGGGCUGAGCAGUGAUGGGGACUUGGGCCAGAGUGGUGGCAGUGGAGGAGUUGAGGGGGAAAUGUUGGCUUCCAGCACAGGGGUUUCAUCCCAUUAGUCCGCAGGGCCCUGCUGACUCCUCAGGGAAGCUCAGGCUCCCAGGCUGCCCCUGGCGCCAGGGUUCCCCACAAGUAGGGAGUGGAGGUGUUAGGGACGUGCAGAGCCAAGCUGGUACAGGUACAACUGUGGACCCUAAGGCUGAGCUCACGGCUCCUAAGGGGUGGUGGGGGUAGAGAGGAUGGGGAUUCUCUCUCCAACCACAGACCACCCUUAGCUCCUUCCACACCCACCCAGAGCUCCUAGUCAAGGCCUAGAAUGACUCAGAAAUCACAAAGCGAUGUUCAACAUUUGAGGGGAGCUUCAAAUGUGGAGAGAAAGCUUGGGCUAGACAGAUGAAUAACCAAACUGCCCCGUCAGUGACCUGCAUCCCCAAGAAAUUAUCAGAGUUGCCAGAAAUGUCAAAGAGGCUAUUGCUCCAACUCCUCCCAUCCAGCUCCAUAGGCUGCCAUAACCAGAUGCAUCAGUGGGAAGUGUGACUAGCAUCUAGAGAUAUGUGCUCAGUGCACAGUCACAGACUGUAAGCUGGCCUAGUGGUGUGGAGCUGCUGAGAAAACACCAGCAGCCUUGUUGGGGAAGGAAAAUAACCUGUUUGUUCACGCCACACUACCUGACAGUGUGGUUGCUUGUAGCCAAAAACAUUUCUGCCUGCUGCUUCCCUCUGACAGCCCUUAAGGUACAUGGUGAAGCGAUAGGGACCUGAGAGCUGGCCUGCUCUUGAUCCAGAUCAUGUAUCUCUGUCGGAGGUCCCUAAGAGCACCCAGACUCCAUGGUCUGCUAGGACUCUCAGUCUCAGCAUAUGGUUGUAUAUACAGCUAUGAUUUAUGGCAGCAAAAAGAUAUAGAGCAUAAUCAGCAAAGGGAAAUGGUGCAUGGGCCAAGGCUAGCAGAGACAGGCACGAGCUUCCAAGGGUCCGGGCCCAGUGGAGUCGCACAGGACACACUUAAUUCCCCCAGCCAUGGGUUGUGACAACACGUGCCAAACAUUGUCAACCAGAAAAGCUCAUUAGAGACUCAGUUCCCAGGUUUUUACAGGGGGCUGAUCACAUGGGCACCCCCUGCCUGGCACACACCCACCUUCCAGACUCCCAGAAGCAAAGAGGUGUUCAGCAUAAACCACAGUGCUUAUGUGAACAGUUUAAGCACAUGAGCCCCUCUUAGCAUCUGUAGGGGCUGGUAACCCUUACAUAGUAUAAGUUUCCAGAUGCCAGCCAGGGGCCAGAUUUGAAAUAAACCUUUCCUCGGAGGUCAGUUCAGGCUGCUGUGAGACUUUCCCGCAUGUUAUGUUUCAGUGACGGGCAAGAACACUUGGGGGGGCCUCACUUUUCACGAACAUGUUCUUCAUUUCUUUAGCCUUUUUAUUCACACUCUCUUUAUUGAGCCUGGAUACAAGAUGGCUGGUCAUGGAUGUUGUCACACAUGAGUGUGGGAGUUUGCUCCUUGUGAAAUUUUGAGGUGGCACUCUAGUAGAAUGAGUUGACAUUCUACUUUAAAUUCAUCUUCAUAGUACCUUUUCUUCACUGACAACCUAACAGGAAAUAGUGAGCAAAUAAUAAAAAAUAUCUUAUUGGUGAAA